AUGGACGACCGCCACACCAACCCCCCCCUCCGCGGCGGCUCCUUCGCCGACACCUCCGGCUACGCCCCCAGCCUCCCCCGCGGCACCCGCACCCGCACCCGACACAAACGGCGAGACGACGCUGAACAGCACCAAGCCCACAACCGCAACGAACAAGCCCCCACCCGCAACCGCACCACCACCACUAACACCACCACCACCGCAUCCCGAGCCCAAGUCCAACAACCCCAACCCCAACCCCAAGCAUCCUCAUCCUCAUCCCGAGCCCGCUCCCGCUCCCGCUCUCGCUCCCGCGCUAGAGCUAGGGACCCAACGUCCAACCCAGACUCGGCCCUCAACUCAGACCCGUACGCGACCCCGCCGCCGAAUGGCGCGUAUGAAGCGGUGCCCAAGGAUAGGUGGUAUAAUCGCCGGGCGCGGGUGCUAGGGAUUCCGGGAGAGAGGGUGAGGGAGUUUGCGGAGGGGUAUUUUGGGUUGGGGGAUAUGCCUGCUGCGAGGGGUGCUGCCCCCGGCUCGGGGCUUUGGGGCGACUGGGAGGAGCAGGGCCUGGUGUGGCUGGAGGGAGGGUUCUCGGAGCAGUUUCUUUGGUUUGUUGGGCAGGUGGCCAUGCAGGAUAACAACGCGGGUGGGUGGGAUGCGUUGUUGACGAAGAGGGCGCAUCGCGAGUGUCUUGUUACGGGUGUCAUCGGGAAGGUGCUGGAGAUGGCCGUCUUCGAUGACUUGCUGUUCGGGGCGGAUAAGACCCAGAAGAGCAUGCUCGAGGCCCAGGACGAGUGUACCCUUGAGUUUGAAGGUUACCACCGUACCGCCCUUCGAUCCCAGUGCAUCCGCGCCCUCCUGGUCAACGACAUCCUGACACCGGAUUUCUGGCCCUGCGUUGACCAACUUACGCUCCAAAUCACGUCUCUGCUUCUGCCCCUGCUCGGCAUCGUGGACAAGCACUUCCCGGCCAGCCGAACCAACUCGCUACGCAACUUCUACCAGGACCUGCACGCAAUUGUCGCCAGCGCCGGAUACCUGUCCAUCGGAAUCCGUUGGUCCGCCAAUAUUUUCCGUUUCUCGCUGCCCUAUCCCGGGGAGGUGUGGGAUAUCGACCAGGAACAUGUCGAUGACACCAUCUACAAUGCUUCCGAGGCUGCGAACAUCCGGGCUGAUUUGGCCGCCGGGGAGAAGUGGGAGGCUGAGCGCCGCCGGCGGUUGGAUAGAGAGAGGGAGAGAGAAGCGCGAAACGGCAACCGAACCCUUCUGAGUUAUGGAGAGGCCCUGCUCGCCUCAGCGCGUGACCAACUCAGCGCAGCCCGCAGGCGCAUAGGGGGCCGAGAGAACGACGGCGACUCGAACAACAACGACCACACCGGCAAUGCUUGGCAUCCACCGUCCCGCAUGGGCAAAGUCCAAAUCGUACUCUGGCCCAUGUUGCAACGCUUUGAGACGGUCGGCGAGAUCGACCCCGAGGUCGGAGCCGCAGACGGGGAAAAGGUCACCACUGUCCACAAGGCCCAAGUGGUCUACUACUACGGCCAAGUUGACGAGGCCGGCGGGGACAGCGACCACUACCCGAGCCUGGACGACUGGAUGCGCGAGACCAGGAGGGAGCGCAGGCUGAGCUGGCUCCUCGAGCUGCAGUGGGCUAUUUAUCCCUUUAUGGUAUGGUACCUGCUUGGUUUCCUGGCACGGUACAGCCCGAUGGUCGCCGAUAUCCGGCAAAUGGUCCGUCGUGGGUCAGUUGAGGUCUUCUUGUACGCCGCCCAGGGAGUGACCCUUUUCGUGAUGGAGGCCCUGGUCAUCUUCGUUGCGGUUGUUAUUGGUGUUAGCAAGGUUGCGGUAUUCGGGCUCUAUCUUGCUAUGGACACACUGGCUGCUCUAUUGGGGCCGGGCCUGGGUUAUCUUUGGGGCGCUCUCGGUGGUGUUGUUGGGAACGGAGAUGGCUGGGGUGGGUGGUACAGCCCCCAGCUGGCUUACCCAGAUUUGAGCUGGGAGUCGAUGAAGGAUAUGGCUCGGGUAUUCACUGAGCGGUUCACCUUGUGGGACCUCGGGGGCGCGGGACGCCCCGAGGCAGUCAUUUCAGGAGCCAAUCAGGAGAGGCUGGAAGGUGCUCAGUGUGAUCAGGGAAACGGGGAACAACGGGAAACUGAGCACACUGAGCACUCAGGAAUUAGCUAG